UAUUUAUGUAUCUAGUUUUUCAGUUGUUUUCAUAUUAUCUAAAUGUUAUUAACAGAAAAGAAAUAAAAAUAAUCCUAAAAAAAUGGCAACAAAAGUUCUAAAUAUUCAGGAUUUUGCUGGCUAUAUUAAAUGUGGAGAAAUCCUUAAAUCACCUUUACCGAAUUAUCAGUAUCCAUUUGUUCUGAAAUGUUAUCAAUGUGAUAAAAUCAAUUUCAUUUUGGAAUCAUUUAUUAUACAUGUCCAGGAACAUUGCAAAGGGCUCCCAGUUGCAACUGAAAAUAUUGAUAUAAAAAUUUUAAACGAAGAUGAAGCCGACUGUGAAAAUUUUGAAAACCCUUUAAUAAAAGUGGAGACCAUUAUUAUGGAAGUGGAUGACCCUCUAGUUGGAAUUAAAGAUGAAGUUACUGAAGAAAAUUCGAAUGGUAAAACUAAUAUUAAUAACAUUGAAGAUGACGAAGACUUUGAAGAUAAUUCGUGCGAUUCAGAUGAAGAUUUUCAAACAGAUGAUACCGAUACGGAUGAGGAUGAAAUAACAACUAAAUCAACUAAAUCUACUAAUAAGAAAAGGAAAAGUUUAAUUCCUCCUACCGUUGAGUCAUUUAUGAAAUCCAAACCAAAUAUAAAAAUUUUAAUUGAACUGUAUAAAAAUAAACCAAACUUGUGGAAUAAAGAUUUACAUUUUUAUCGUCUUAAAGAUAAAAGGCAGACAACUUUUGAAGAAAUUACUAAAGAUUUAAAUAAUAAACUAAAUUCAACAUUAACCUGUAAAGAAGUAACAGAUAUUAUUUCUUACAUAUAUCUUAGACACCGAACGGAUUUCAAACGGCUUCGACGCUACGAAGAAGACGAAAGGUAUUCAAAGGACAAGAAUUAUAAGCGAUCAUGGUUUUUUGAUGAUUUAUAUUUCCUAAGGCCUCAACAAGUUAUACAACUACAGAAAUUGGAUUCAAAUUUACCCGAUUUAACAAGUGAAGAAGUGAUUCAAAUAAUACAAAUAUAUAGAGAAUUUCCACAUCUAUGGAACUCAAAUCUAAUUGAAUUUAUAUGUUCAAAUAAACGGCAUGCUGCUUACAUUGAAAUGUUGAAGAGUUUGGAGACAAAAAUGAACAUUAAAAUAAGUAUCACAGUAUUGGAAGAAUACUUACGUAGCAUACAUAAUUAUUUUUCAAGAGAAAAACGCCUUAGGAAGAAAAAUACAAAAGCAAAAAAACAUGUAGACGAAUACUAUGACCAACUCUUGUAUUUAUUUGAUCAUGUGGGACCAUUCAACUGCACCCAAUGUAAACGAGUUUUGACAAAGCCUUUACUAUUUAAAUUUCAUAAAUCCACCCAUGACGAUUCUGUACCAUUUAUAUGUUCUCAAUGCAACAAGGAGUUCAAAACAAUUCAAUCAUAUACCGUUCAUGCUAAACGUCACUUUGAGGAUCUCGAAUUUGCGUGCAGUAUAUGCGAUAAGAAAUUCGUAGCUUAUGGAGUUCUUAGAUUGCACAUGUUAACACACACUGGCGAUAGGCCAUAUUGUUGCGAAAUAUGUGGUGCUUCAUAUCGUCAAGUUCAAUGCUUAAAUAGGCAUAGGAGACGUCAUUUAAAGCGAUAUUCACAUACAUGUUCUAUUUGUUCUAAAGGGUAUUAUUCUAAAAAGACCUAUGAGGAUCAUAUGAAUUCGCACAUGAACAUAAGACAACAUAUUUGCCAACUGUGUGGCAAAGGAUUUAUUACCAGCAAAGCAUUAAAGACACAUUCCGUCACUCAUGAAGAUGCUAGAAAUCAUGCAUGCAAGUUGUGUGGUAAAACAUUUAAGCUUAAAAUUGGUGUACUACAACAUAUGCGAACGCAUGGCACCAGAAUUGAAAUUGAAGAUAAAAAUUGAACGAACAAAUAUUAAAAAAAAAUAAAUUUAAAGUAAAUGAAUAAUUUAAAGUAAAAAUCUGUAUUUUGUAGUUAAAAUUUUAUUGUUAGCAUUUUUUUUGAGAAUACACAAGAAAUCAAAUGCAGAAGUUGAAUUAUUUUAAGUUGAGACUUAGUUAUAUUGAGUUAAGUUAAAGAAAAAGUAUAUAUUUACAUUGAAAGAAAUACACAUUUCAAGAAUGUAUGAAAAUAUCA